AUAUAUAUAUACAUGCAGUCUGUGGUCAGGCAACCCAACACUUUCCGAAUGACCUGCAGCCGUCGCUCAAGCAACCACACCCGGAAGUUGUAGUAUCCAUGGUAACAAGGUUAGGCGACGUGAACAGUUUGCUAGCUAACGCUAGCUGUUUAUUUAGCUAAUACAGCUGUAUACAGGCAAAGUUGUAACUUAGCUAGCUAGUACGUCUUAUCACCUUUGAAAGACGAGUCCAAUGUCCCGAAAAGCACUAAAAGUGGUGGUUGAAUUAAAGUUCAGAGCGGUUUCUUGUCCUGGAGUUCAUCUGCCAGCCAAGGAUGACAUCUACCUCAGCAUGUGCUUCAUGGGCCAGUACCAUCGGUCUGAAUGUCUCCCUGCCGUCUUCCCUCUGCUGUUUCACGAGAAAAUGAAAUUUGAAAAGAUUUUUAGGCAUGCAGUUGACCCUGGAGACAUUGCUGUAAUGCUGGAGUGUAAGUUACUUCAUAUAAACAUACAUAAUAAACUGAUUGUGUUUGUGUUUGCAGUGGCGGACACUUUGGCCUCUUUUGAAGAAGAUGCCCGACGUUUCUUGUUCCCAGAGCCCGAGCUUGUUCCCUCCUCCUCUGGAGUGGACCGAGAGGUUCUGAUGACCCGAGCACCUCACUUUCCAGGUAUCGCUCCACGCUUGGAGUUUUCCACAAAAACAACCAUCAUUGAGUGCUCAGCUGAUGACCGGAUCAACAUUUACCAUAAUGUAACCAUGAGGCCAGUGAUGAAGAGGAACAGGACACCCUCCAGCAGACCCAAGAGCUCCUCUCCCCAGAGGAAACAACCUCAAACGCUUGGAAGGAGACAAGGUGGCAAGGCGUACAGGGGACGACACAGUGGCACCAGGUCACCAUCAUACAUCUCCAGAUCCCAGUCCCUGUCCCCUGUAAGAGCUGACACACAGCGCCUGGCCCGGCUCAGCCUGGACUCUGCACCUCCUGGCCCAAAUGACUGGGACACAGCUAGCAUCUCCCAACCUGUAAGCACACUGCACUUUUUUAUUCCAAAAUUGGCAAAAGAUUUUCAAAAACUGGCCAUCAUUUCCAGCCACUAG